AUGGAGACGCUGAGGGAGCUGGUCCCCUUCAUCAGAGAGGUGUUGAGCCAGAAGCCGAGCCGCGGUCUGCUGAAGGUCUAUCUGGUGGGCUCGCUCCUGGCUGUCCUGGGCUCAGUUUUAGGGCUGCUGGAGCUGGUGUUUCAGCCCUUCAGCUCUGAAGACCUGGAGAUCAGCUCUCUGAUGACCCGACAGGACAAACACAAACUCUCUGAAACCACGCUCAGAAGCUCUGCUAACCGGAUAUAUAUACAUGUGUUGUUGUCAGGUUCGGUGGAGCUGUGGGAGCUGGCGGAGGACGAGCGGCUGCUGAUGAACCGCUUCACUCGUCUGGAGCAUGAUGACGUGGUGACGGGUGUGAGUGUGAGCGCCGGCGGGCGUCUCGCCGUCAGCUGUAGUGUGGACUGCAGGAUCAAAGUGUGGGAUCUGAACCAGGAGACCGUCACCAGCUCCUAUCACGCUCACUCUCAGCCGGUCAGCGGUGUGUCGUGUUCUCCUGUCGACGAGUCUCUCUUCCUGUCAUGUGCUCAGGACGGACGGCUUCUGCUGUGGGACCGACGGAAACCCAAACCUGCCUCUCGCCUAGACGUGGUGUCUCCCAGCUGCAGCCCCACGGCCGUCGCCUGGCACCCUCAUCAGAGCAGCACCAUCGCAUACGGUGAUGAACUGGGUCGAGUGACUCUGAGGGAUCUGCAGACGUCGGACGGUGUACGGACGAUAAACGCUCACAGCCGCCGCGUCUCCAGACUGACGUUCUCCUCCGACAGUUCACCCCUGCUGGCGUCUAUCAGUGACGACUGCUCCGUUGCCGUGGUUACUGCAGAGCUCCGAGAAAUUUUCAGGGACCGGCGGCACCAGGAUUUCGUGCGCGGCGUGUGUUGGGCCCCGGGCGGCUCGGCCGUGUUGACCACCGUGGGCUGGGACCAUCAGGUGCUCCACCACAGCGUGUCUGCGCCCUAGAGCAUCAUGGGAAACCACACCAACCUCCAGUUCAUUCCCAUUUCUGUUGUUCCGUCACCAUCAAAUAACGAUUCAUGAGUUAAAUACAUAAUCAUAGUAGGAUCAGAAUUCAGAACAUGCAGAAAAUGUCUUUUUUAAUAACAGAAAUGGGCAUGAAUGCUGUUCUCUUCUCAUAUUUGUGCAAAAAAAA